AUGUCCAAAGGAAACAACAGCGAUGACCCCAACAACACUGAGGAACUUGAAGAAGGCUCUCGCAGUAUCCUUUUGGGUAUUGCCUCGCAGCUCACCAAAGGCAUGGACCUGCAUCGAGUGACCUUGCCAACCUUUGUGCUGGAGCCACGUAGCAUGCUUGAGCGUAUUACUGACUUUAUGUCGCAUCCCGAGUUUAUCCUAAAUGCCAGUUCAAUUGAUGAUCCCCUGGAACGAUUUAUCGCUGUGGUUCGUUAUUAUCUUUCAGGAUGGCAUAUUAAACCCAAGGGUGUCAAAAAGCCAUACAAUCCCGUGCUUGGCGAAUACUUUCGAUGCCGUUACAAAUACUCGGAUGGCACUGAAGCGUACUACAUUGCUGAACAGGUGUCGCAUCAUCCCCCAGUCUCAUCCUACUAUUUUUGUUCGCCUGAACAUCAUGUUGUCGUAUGCGGUGAUAUUCGUCCUAAAUCCCGUUUCCUUGGCAACAGCGCUGCCACGCUUAUGCAAGGCGUCUCCAACAUCAUAUUAGCCGAUCGACAUAAUGAACGUUACGAGAUUCUCAUGCCAAACAUGUAUGCUCGUGGCAUCUUAUUUGGAACGAUGACGAUCGAAUUGGGUGAUAGCUCACGGGUGCGUUGCGUGACCAGCGACCUUGUAUGCGAUCUUGAAUUCAAGACCAAGGGCUUCUUUUCAGGACAAUGGAACUCUGUUGUGGGCAAGAUUAAAAAGGAAUCGACUCAAGAAGUCUUGUGUGAGAUCACUGGCCAAUGGACCAAUGAGUUGCAUAUCAAAAACAACAAGACCGGUGUCAAGGAAUUGCUCUUUGAUGUCAAGACCGCUCAGAUUCAUCCCAAGGAGGUCGCCCCUGAAGAGGAACAAGACGAAUAUGAGUCGAGACAGCUAUGGUCAAAGUUAACAUCGGCCAUUCGCAGCAGGGAUAUGGAUGGAGCUACGAACGAAAAGACGCUUGUUGAAGAUCGUCAACGGCAAAAGGCUAAAUCAAGGGAGGAGCGGGGCGAAACCUGGAAGCCACGUUUCUUUAAUGAAGCCAAUGAUGAGUACACGUUCAAGGGUGCUGAAGGGUUGGAUUUGACGGAUCCUGUCAAGGCAAAAGAACAUUUGCAACAAGUCAUCUUUGCAAAGCACACAGGUUCUGGUGAAGACAGCUGUUAG